CAUUGUACGGCCGAGACCGGAGGAUGUUCCCUGCUCAGGAGGAGGCCGACAGGACCGUGUUUGUGGGGAAUUUAGAGGCCCGAGUUCGGGAAGAGAUUCUGUACGAGCUGUUCCUUCAGGCGGGGCCACUAACCAAAGUGACUAUAUGCAAAGACAGAGAAGGAAAGCCAAAGUCUUUUGGAUUUGUCUGCUUUAAACACCCAGAAUCGGUGUCUUAUGCCAUAGCUUUGCUGAAUGGAAUUCGUUUAUAUGGAAGACCAAUUAACGUGCAGUAUCGAUUUGGGAGUUCUCGCUCUUCUGAACCAGCUAACCAAAGUUUUGAGAGCUGUGUUAAGAUAAAUUCACACCACUACAGGGAUGAAGAAAUGGUGGUGGGCAGAUCUUCCUUUCCUAUGCAGUAUUUUCCAAGUAAUAAUACUUCUUUACCUCAGGAAUAUUUUCUCUUUCAGAAGAUGCAGUGGCAUGUGUAUAAUCCAGUGCUGCAGCUUCCUUACUAUGAAAUGAUAGCUCCACUUCCUAAUAGUGCAUCUGUGUCUUCCUCACUGAAUCAUGUUCCAGAUCUUGAGGCUGGACCCAGCUCAUAUAAAUGGACUCACCAACAACCAAGUGACUCUGACCUUUAUCAGAUGAAUAAACGAAAGAGACAAAAGCAAACAAGUGAUAGUGAUAGUAGCACAGACAACAACAGAGGCAACGAAUGUAGCCAAAAGUUCCGAAAGUCUAAGAAGAAGAAAAGAUACUAGUAUUACCUACAAAUGAAACUUACCUACACUGAUCUUAGUUCUCUUAUGAAAAAAAUAAGACGUGACUCCAUCAAAUAACCAACGUCAUGGCUAUCUUGUCUUUUGAAAUAUAUAGUAAUAAGACUUAUCUCUGGUUUGCUGUUCAAUUUUUGCCUUGAACAACAAAAGCUUUCUAAAAAUAAUAUAAUGUACCACUUUUUGUAUUUGUCAUGAUAUUUUUGACCCGUUGGCAAUAAAUAGACUAUUGUCAUUUUAUUAGUACCAAUGAUGAAAUUUCACCGAACUAUUAAUCAAAAGUCACUUAUUGAACACAUUGAUAAAGCACCGUGUUCCCUUUGAUUAUCCCCUGUAACCAACACUCAACUACAAAUAGACUGGGAUUCAGUGUGGAGUGGUGGGUUUCCUGAAAGAAAGUAGUGCAGAUAUUUAAGGAUUGCAUAUUGUUCCUAAUGAGGAUGUAAUAAACAGGCAUUAGUACCCCUUUCUUUUAGUGCCUAAAUAUGUUUUUUCUGAGCCAUACUCUUCUUCAGGUUUAUUUUAUAAAGUGAGGACAUAUGAUAAUGAUACCAAAGGAAAGAUAAUUCUUAUCAUGAAACCAACUUUUGGAUCAUUCCCAUUUUAGACAAUUGUGUAUUUAUAGGGAUACCUGCCUCUUCUCACAUAUUAAUUGUAUGUCAUUAAAAUCAGUUGGCUAUGUCUGUGUAUUAUUCACCUCUUUUGCUAGCAAGGUUUGAGAUGAUAUAUUAACAUUUAAAUCAUGAAAAUGAGCAAGUAAAUAGAAUAAUAUUUUAUUAAUGUAUGAUAUGUAAUACUGUCUAAAUCAAGUUUCCUAUUUUUGGUUUAUUUAUUUUAGAAGAAAAAUAAAAUUCAUUAUUUGGGCAUUUUUGUUUAUAGCUCAUUACAAACUAGAGUGAUGAAUAUAUAUAUUUACUAAAGCUAAUUGAAAGAGUCAUGCAACUCAAUUGGGAAUUAACCACUCAAUUCAAUAGUAAAAGCCAUGCUUGGAUGUUUCCUUUGCAUGUUGCCUAGCAUUUUAUAGAUAUUUAUUAUUUAAAUAAAGAUAUGUUUU